UAGGGCGUGUUUUACAGUUAGUUGGGAAAAACCAGGUUUUGUGUCGUGAGGGUGCGGGAAUUGCAACACUCGCAGGCGAUUUCACUGGUGCCUACAGCUCGCCGGGCAAUCAGUAGUUUUAGUCCCAACCAACUGUUUUACAGUUGGUAAACUUGGGUCCCUGGCUAUAAGACUUCCGAGGAGCCGAGGCUUCCGGUUUGUCCCGGUUUCUAGCGACUUGGGAGCUCGAGCUCCCGACUCGGUUUUCCGUAGUAGGAAGACGUUCUAGAGCCGCUGGCAAGUAAGCCCUCGACAAUAGCAAUAAUGGGUCUGCUCUUUCGGUCGUCACGGGCGGAAAGGGUCGUGCGAGCGGGACUGACAGCGGGACUACGACGAGCUUGGAGUCCCGCGCUUGGGAGCUCCGCCGUUCGAGAUUCCAGUCAAAUUCACGGCAGGAGGGACGCUGACGUGACCAAUGUUCCAUCUGACGUGGCGAGGUCGCGCGCUGACGUGUCAGGAAGACGGUUCUACAGCAGCAGCAGCCUGGCGAGCCUGCUUGCUCCUCGUGCUCCCCCGCUUACCCUCGAUACAAUAAACCCGCGGGUGCGGGAGUGCGAGUACGCAGUUCGCGGGGAGAUAGUCGCAAGAGCGCUGGCACUCGAGUCUCAGCUAACCGUGAAGCCGGGGUCACUGCCAUUUGAUGAGAUCAUCUACUGCAACAUUGGCAACCCCCAAGCUCUCGGACAGCCACCCAUAACCUUUUACAGAGAAGUGCUCUCUCUCUGCGACCACCCCGCUCUCAUGGACCUCAAGAACCCUGACGGCAGUUCCCCCUUCAGCUCCACGGCUCUGCACCGAGCCAAGCAGAUUCUGGAUUCGAUUCCGUUCUCUGCCACGGGCGCCUACAGCCACAGCCAGGGGCUGCUGCUGUGCCGGCAGCUCGUGGCGGAGGGGAUUGCGAGGAGGGACGGCCAUGCUGCCUCUGCGGAUGACAUCUUCCUCACUGAUGGGGCCAGCCCAGCUGUGCAAAUGGUUCUCAAGCUUCUCGUGCGCAGCAAGGAGGAUGGCGUGCUCUGUCCCAUCCCGCAGUAUCCCCUCUACUCUGCCUCGCUAGCACUCAACGGCGCCACACUCGUGCCCUACUAUCUGGACGAGGGGCGAGGUGGAGGCUGAACCCUGCGGAUCUGCAGAGAGUGGUUGAGAAGGCAGGGGAGGAGGGCGUGUGUGUGCGGGCGCUGUGUGUGAUCAACCCAGGCAACCCCACCGGGCAGGUCCUGGAGGAAGCGGAUCAGCAGGCCAUAGUGCGCUUCUGCGUUGACAAGGGAUUGGUUCUUAUCGCGGAUGAAGUGUACCAGGAGAACGUGUAUGCGCCCGACCGCAAGUUCCUGUCGUUUAAGAAGGUUGCGCGGGACAUGGGCGUCACUGCCAGCGACCUCGCUCUCAUCUCCUGCCACUCCUCCUCCAAAGGUUUCUAUGGCGAGUGUGGCAGGAGAGGCGGCUACAUGGAGGUAACAGGUUUGCCGUCUGAAGUGCGGGAGGCCAUGUACAAGGUGGCGUCGGUGAACCUUUGCUCCAACGUGCCAGGGCAGAUACUCAUGGCGCUCAUUGCCAUGCCGCCCCAGGAAGGGGACGAUGCAUUCCCUGUCUUCACUGCUGAGAGAGAUGCCAUCCUCUCCUCACUCGCCCGUCGUGCCAAGCUGCUCGUUGAUGUGCUUAACUCCCUCGAAGGCAUCACCUGCAAUCCCUCCGAGGGGGCCAUGUACGCCUUCCCCAGACUGCACCUCCCCCCACGAGCAGUGGAAGCAGCAGCAGCAGUGGGCAUGCCAGCAGACACCUUCUACGCCCGCCGGUUGCUGGAUGCCACAGGGAUUGUCGUGGUCCCAGGGUCAGGUUUCGGGCAAGAGCCAGGGACGUGGCACGUGCGGUUUACGAUUUUGCCGCCCGAGGAUAAAAUCUCGGGGAUGAUGGAGCGGUUUGCGGAGUUCCAUGGUAGAUUCAUGCGGGAGUUCACUAUUUGAAGGAGACUCAUAUGGUGAAGGUGUUGUCCGCAUAGUGCAGUACCCCUUUCCCAAGCUAGUUAUCUUGUUUUUUUCUCAGCAAGCUUAUGCUAGUACAUGAUCCUUAGGCCCCCCUCUCCUCCGUGGUGUUUCGUAUCAUCCAUUUAGGACGUCAGUGCCCCUUUUUUCAUUACUGAAAUCUUUGUCCAUGGGAUCAGUGACUUAAAUGGCAAUGCCCCUCUUAGUUGCGUUUUGUUCCAAAUGUGUAAGUUAAUAUGAAAGAAAAUUGUAACGAGGACAGAUAUUUCUUCGCGCCACUCUCCGCCACGUGACGGGGAUGUGGAAAAUGAACACCCCACUCCAGCGGGCUAGAUAGUUGUCAGCAGUGCGUCGUCUCUUGUUUAAGUCUAGUCAGCGGCAUCGCCUCGUCUUUAGUCGUCUCUUCGCAUGGUUUUAUCUCGUCCAAUACUCCUCUCCAGAGCCGCUUUGUGACGCUCUGCCAGCUCUGACAUUGCAGUUGCGGCCUGACGCUAAUUGUCAUGGCUUGCUGCCAGAUUCGCUGGGAUCCACGAUCUCCUGCUCUCGGCUUUCUGAGGACGGCGCGAGGGAUGCGACAGACGGAAGUAGUACUGUUACCGCUCGCUAAGCGUUAUAGAAAGGGCGAGCGGAUUCGGAGGUCAGGAAGAUGUUACGCCUCGUCGGACGACUCGUCGGACGAGUGGAGUUUCGCACGAUCCGACGAGUCUGACCGGUCCAAGGAAUUCGCGGCAAGACUCGAGCAAGCCUGGAGCAUACGAAAGAACCAGGGCCCUGUGGCAUGCGAGGAGUGCAUGGCGCAGGGCUGUAUUGAGUGCAACUGGUGCCGUGGGACGGGCUACUUCAUUGUGGGAGACAACAUGCUGUGCUCUGUAUCUUCACGGAGCAACACAUGUGUUAUCUGCGGAGGCAAGGGUACUGUCCGUUGCCUUGACUGUGCCGGUACUGGUUUCAGAGCUCGUUGGCUCAAAAGGCCUACACCUGGAAAACAACCAUCAGGUUGAGCUAAAAUCUUGCCCUUUUCCUUACCAAGUGGUUGUGGGAGUCCGCUGCAGACCGGCGCAUCAAUUUCAUGGCUUAGAUUGAUUUAGAGGGGCCUGAGAAUAUUCUUGGCCCCAAAUUAUUGUUGCCACAGGUUGGCACAAUGUGUAAAUAGAUGUUGUAGAUAAGUAGAGUUUGAUGUUUUGUUGUGUAAUAGUUUCCUUUUGUAUCAACAAGUGAACAAAUCU